AUUCGCGUAAUAUCUCCGCUGUUUCUACUAUACUUAUACCAUAGUUGUAUUCCACAUUAGUACGUCAACACUAUAGCAUUAUAAUUAUACCUAUCAGCGGCAGUUCGUAUUUUUUACGAUUUAUUUAAAUAAUUUAGAUUUUUCAUAAAACCAUCCGAAAUGGAAUUUAAAUUUGAUAUAAAAGAUCUAGCUGAAGAAGGAAUUGUGAAAAUUGAUCAUUCUUUAACACCACUUGGCUUCGAAGACGAUGAAAACUUACAAAAAAAAGUUGCAAUGAUUAUUGACGAAAUGGGUAAAGCAUCUGCCAGAGCACAGGAUUUAAAAAUGCCUAUAACAACAGCAGAAAAAUUAUCAAAAUCUGAUCAUAUAGUUUAUUUAUUGUCAGAACAAACAAAUGAAGAAACAUUUGUUAUUGUUGGUAUUUUAAAAAUGGGAUGGAAAAAAUUAUAUCUUUUUGAUAAAAAGGGCUCUCGUUCUGAAGCCAUGGUGUAUUGUUUGCUUGAUUUUUACAUUCAUGAAACUAGACAACGUCAAGGUUAUGGGAAUAAACUAUUUGAACACAUGUUAAAGGAUAAUGAGUUAGAAGCAAAACAAUUAGCUAUAGAUAAACCAUCAAAAAAAAUGUUGCAAUUCAUGCAAAAACAUUAUUCACUCAAAAAGUUAGUAGAUCAAGGAAAUAAUUUUGUUAUAUUUGAAGAGUUUUUUGAUACUCCAGGAUUAACACAACUAAAAGAUAAAUUUGAUAGUACAAAUGGAUACAGAAACAAACCUAUAUAUGGACGUCAUGCUGCUAAUAAACACAAUGACUCCAUGUCUGAUAUAUUACAUGGGGCUGGUAGUGCAACUAGAUUGAAUGACAAAUACGUUGCUAAUGCAGACAUCAUCAAUAAUAAAUUCAAGGAUAACAAACCAAACCUUGUCACAGUUCUUCCUUCAGAAAAAAAUGUAAAUGACACAAUUAAUGGGAAAAAAGGUGCUCCGCCUAAAUUGGAUCUUAAAUUUUAUCAUUCACAUUUGUGGUAAAACGCUUUUAUAAAUAUCAGAUAUUUUAUCAACAAUUGCAUUUUUAA